CUUUACUAAGUUAAGCGGGUCUAAAUCUCCGACCCGUAAACCGACCGACCGCUCGCUCGCUCGUCCUCCUCGUCUGAUCUCUCGCCGGCGAUGACGCCGGCGGCGGCGGCCUCGCCCAGGCGGAAGUCUCCGCCCACGGUCCUCCUCCUCUGCGUGGUCACGUUCUCCUUACUCCUGUUCAUACUCGUCGCCUCCUACUCCCCCCGCCUCCAGCCCCACGGCCGCAACCCCCACCGCCGCCUCAAGCUCCACCCAAAGACCUCUGCCGCUGUCGCUUCUUCCUACGGAGCAAGCACCGCCUCCAAAUCCGCUGGCGCCGGAGGAAACGGUGCCCAGCAGCAGCAUCACGCGGUGCCAUUCGACCCGAGCAUCGCCGAGCUUGAGCGGCGGCUGGAGGACAAGGAGUGGGAGCGCGAGCACUACCGCAUCCUCCACGGCGGAGAGGGCGACGGAGAGGCGGACGAGCACAUGAAGGAGUGGGAGGAGUUCCUCAAGGAGGAGGAGGACUUCAUCAACGACGACGAUCGCUUCAACGUGUCCGACCGCAUCCGCGCGCUCUUCCCCAAAAUCGACCUGGCCCCGCAGGACGGCUUCAUCUCCCUCGAUGAGCUCAUCAGGUGGAACCUCGAGCAGGCCAGGACCGACCAGCUCCAUCGUUCCGCUAGGGAGAUGGAGCUCUACGACAAGAACGGCGACGGGAUUGUCUCCUUUGAGGCCUUCCAGCCGGUUUACCAAGCGUCCCAUGGAGAGCGCAAUUCACUGGGGUUCCCAUGGUGGAAGGAGGAGCACUUCAAUGCUUCGGACGCAAAUGGGGAUGGUUUCCUGAAUAAAGAUGAAUUUCAUGACUUCCUUAACCCAAGUGAUUCAGAGAAUCCCAAAAUUAUCAAUUUGCUCUGCAGACAAGAAAUAAGGCAGAGGGAUAAAGAUGGUGACGGAAAGCUAAACUUUCAAGAGUAUUUUCAUGGGCUUCAUGACCAUAUACAUGGCUAUGACGACGAGAAUGCAGAUAUUUCCCAUAUUGGGAACAUGACAAUCGCAAAGCAACGGUUUUCCAAACUUGACAAAGAUAAUGACGGGUUUAUUUCAGAGCAUGAAAUUGAACCAGUUCUUGAUAAGCUCCAUCUGUCAGAACGAUAUUAUGCUAGACAGCAGGCCACUCAUGCUAUGUCAGAGGCAGACAAAGAUCAUGAUGGAAGGCUAACACUGGAAGAGAUGAUUGAAAAUCCCUAUUCAUUUUAUGGUAGUGUUUACUUUAGCGACGACGAGGACUACUUCCAUGAAGAAUUCCGCUAAGGCAUCUGCAGAUAGUCAGUAUCCUAACCAUGAAAAGUCAUAGACAACCUAGCUGGAAGGAUUUCAAAAUGCAUCAUUACUGGUAGACGGGAAGGCUUAAGAUGGCGUGUGGAUACUUGGAGGAAUCAGUAUGUGGCGGUAUCCCUAUCGCCCAUCGGUGCUGCCGUAGACGGGACAGCACAGCUUGGAGUUGGCAUCCCAUAGGGGGAGUAGGUGUUGCUUUGGUUCUUUGAAUUGUUGUCAAACCAAACGAAAGUUUGGUCACUAUUUGUAGUUUAGAUUGUGCUGAGCUGACAGAGUAUCAGUUUUGUAACACGCAUGAGAAGAAUGAAACAUUCACAGCGAUGAGCAGUUGUAAAAGGUAGCUAACAUACAAUGAUACCAGUAGUGUUUGGUUAUGUGAAAUGAAUCCAACCUGCCUGUGCUAA